CAUUUAGAAAAAGCCAACUGGGGCCAUGUCUGGACGCAUUUGCCAAUGGCAGCGGGCCAAGCUGCCACGGCAGCCAGCUGGACAUUUUUUUUCACUCAACUUUAAUAGCCCCGAUCAGCCGUGGUUCGCCGAUCACGGCACCUUAUUGACAUGAUAUCUGCGGCUCAAUGGAACCGCAGUACCAUAGUAUUGUUAAAUCAGUAAUUAUCUUUGUUACUGUUUUGGCAUUACGUUGUCCCCAUAGACUCGGAUGGUGUGAUUACCAAUUUUCAGUGCCUCUGUUGCGCGAGUCGCUACAGCUUCCUUUGCUGUCUCAAUGAAUGCAGUCUAGAGACGGUAAGUGCCAUGAGCGCUGGUCAUUCAUUACUCAACUCGGAAACCAACUCCGGCUCCGACUGAGCUUGGAUCCCAUGCAGUACGAAGUGGUGGUGGAUACUAUUUCUGUUCCUCUGCUUCUCACACAGCCUGCCUUUCAUCGCCUUCCGAGUCAUGGAAGUCUGCGCAAGCACCACCUCAGCCAUCACGCCUUUUCCGAUGUCUCACCUGCAUCAAUACCAAGCUUUGUCAUUUGUGAGGAUCGCUGGUCAGAGUUUUUCAGCAAGUGGACUCGGGCAGAUCAACCGAGCGGUCAUGUUGAGUCCUUUUCCCCGAGAAUACGGAAUGAUUUUUUGACACGACAUUGGUUUGUUGUCACCAGGCAGAAGUAUAAUACUUUACCUCCAGCCAGCC